CAGGCGCAGGGCUACAUGACGGCGACGUUGAGCAUUGGCAAGGGCUUCUUCGACCUCACGAGGGUUCGAAGUUACGGACAGAGGAGCCUCCUCCUCGGUACCCCCGACGGAUCUCCAGAUCCAGACUGCCCAUGUCCCCAGCAGGGGUCCUGCCCCUGCAACAAGUGCACGCUGACCAACUACUGCAAGAUCUCGGGCCUCCUGCCGGACGUUCAGUGGGCCCUGGAGGAAGUGACGGUCUUCUUCGGUCUAGAGAACGUUGACAUCAGCAGCGUCGUGCAGACUUUGCUCACACUGACCGUCAACGACAACUGCAACACCGGGUUCUCCGACGACUCGGGGGUGCAGAAACCCUGCCUGACCGCCUCAGCCUCCAUCACAAUCGAGAUUCUUCCUCGCCCGCAGAAGGAGGUCGACUACUACACCUCGCCUGUGAUCGGAGUGGAUCAAACCAUGGGCUACAUCCAGUCAUGGCAAAGUGGGCAGGUCGUCCUGGCAGAGAACGCCUCCUCCGUUGACAACACCUACAACGGCCUCCAGCUCACCAUAGUCGCCGGCAGUGCAGCUGGGCUGUCAGCCACCAUCUCCUCCUACGUCGGUUCAACUCGCACCGCUAGCAUCGGGAUGCUGAGUCAAGUCCCCGACAACACCAGCAUGUAUUCCAUCAACUGCGGGACCGAGCAGCUGCCGUGCAACUCAUUGCGUCAAGUGCUGGUAGAAGCGAGUCAGAACGGGCGGAUCUUUGCCUUGCCCGGUACUUACUCGGGAGAGCUCAACUACGGCCUUGACUUCAGUCAGAAGA